AUGGUUUAUUUGGUUCAUGUUCAACACCCUUUCAACAACUAUGUCUACCCUGCCGGUGCCGGUUUACACACUGCUGCUUUUGCUGCAUCAUCUGUGGUAGAAUCUGUAAAGAAAGCACAAGCAGAGGUUUCAGCGAAAAUCCUUCAACGUGCAAUCUCAAUUUGCAAGCAAAAUAUGGUUCGAGCUGAAACUUUAAUUUUUCAAGGAGAUUCCAAAGACGAGAUCUGCAAAGCAGCAGAACAAACACAUGUUGAUAUGCUAAUCAUUGGCAGUCGUGGUCUAGGUGGAAUUAAAAGGAAAUCAAUGAAUUUUCUCAUGGUAGCAUUUCUUGGAAGUGUUAGUGACUAUUGUGCACACCACGCUUGUUGCCCAGUCUUGAUUGUGAAACCACCGAAGCAUAUCAAGUAA